AUGAAUAAAUUAGGAAAUGCUGUAGAGCACCUUGAACGGAGUCUCCUUUUCGCCUUGUUUGAAGCCAUGCCAGAUCAAAUGGCAAAAUGGCGCCAAUUUCUUCGUACCAGUUUGUUCAGAAUGUGGCCCGACGGGCGCUUCAUUGUACUUCUAGCCCCACUGGCCGAGGGGACUCGCAAACACUCCCUUCACACCGGCCUGGCGCACACUCAUUGGAUUGCCGUUGUUGUGCUCACUUCCAUUUCGAGUGAAGGUGUGUCUGAUGAAGAGCCUUGA